ACACGCAGCUCCUUAUAAACUGAUAUCUUGCCCCCUCUCAUCCCUGAGAAGCAAGGAGCCAGCCUGUUGGGAGCUUUCACAGAGGGCUAACUGGAUCUCCGUAAUCCGCCUCUGCCUUCCGUCUCUGCACCCCACUUCCCUCCUUCUCACUCUCUCCGUCAGACGAGCCUCGGCCCCCCGCAGACACCAUGCAGCAGCCGGAAGCUCCGCCGGUCGACGCCACAAAAUUGGGCAUAGGCCGCUCAAUCGCCGUGCUCACCUCUGGGGGCGACGCCCAGGGUAUGAACGCGGCGGUGAGGGCGACGGUCAGAGUCGGUCUCUACACCGGAGCCAAAGUCUACUUCAUUCAUGAGGGCUACCAGGGUAUGGUGGACGGCGGGGACAACAUUCGCCCUGCCACCUGGGAGAGCGUGUCUAUGAUGCUGCAGCUGGGUGGCACAGUCAUUGGCAGCGCUCGGUGCCAGGACUUCCGAAGCAAGGAGGGCCGUACGAAGGCGGCCAUGAACCUGGUGAAGCUGGGCAUCACCAACCUGUGUGUGAUCGGGGGCGACGGCAGCCUGACGGGCGCCAAUCAGUUCCGUACGGAGUGGAGCGAGCUGCUGGGGAUCCUGAUGAAAGCGGGUAAGAUCACUGCAGACGAAGCCAAGCGCUCCUCUCACCUCAACAUCGUGGGCAUGGUGGGCUCCAUCGAUAAUGACUUCUGCGGCACGGACAUGACCAUCGGCACCGACUCAGCCCUGCACCGCAUCAUGGAGGUGGUGGACGCCAUCACCACGACCGCACAGAGUCAUCAGAGGACCUUCAUUCUGGAGGUGAUGGGACGGCACUGUGGAUACCUGGCCCUUGUGACUGCUCUGUCCUGCGGUGCCGACUGGGUCUUCAUCCCAGAGAUGCCCCCUGAUGAGGACUGGGAGGAACAUCUGUGCAGGAGACUGAUGGAGACUCGGGGACGGGGGUCCCGCCUGAAUGUCAUCAUCGUCGCCGAGGGGGCCCUGGACCGGAACGGCAAGCCCAUCACCUCCGACCUGAUUAAGGAUCUGGUAUCCAAGAGGCUGGGCUAUGACACUCGCGCCACCAUCCUUGGACACGUCCAGAGAGGAGGCACUCCCUCUGCUUUUGACAGAAUCCUGGCCAGUAGGAUGGGAGUAGAGGCCGUAAUGGCUUUGCUGGAGGCCACUCCAGAAACCCCCGCCUGUGUGGUCAGUCUGUCAGGGAACAUGGCUAUCAGACUGCCGCUGAUGGAGUGUGUGCAAGUGACCAAAGAUGUCACGAAAGCCAUGGCAGAGGGGCGAUAUGAGGACGCCAUCAAACUGAGGGGAAAGAGCUUUCAAAAUAACUGGAACACCUACAAGAUGUUGGCUCAUGUACACCUCCCAGAGAAAAAGAGCAACAUCAACAUUGGCAUAGUGAAUGUGGGGGCUCCCUGCGCCGGCAUGAACGCAGCGGUGCGCUCAGCCGUCAGGAUCGGCAUCCUCCAGGGCCACCAGAUGUUUGCAGUGCAUGAUGGGUUUGAGGGCCUGGCUCAAGGACAGAUUGAGCCCAUUAACUGGGGCGGCGUCGGAGGCUGGACCGGCAAGGGAGGCUCAAUGCUCGGCACCAAGAGAAUACUUCCUGGAGCCAUGGUGGAGGACAUCAGCCUGAACAUUUCUAAAUUCAACAUCCAUGCGCUGAUCAUCAUCGGAGGCUUUGAGGCAUUUUCUGGGGGGCUGGAGCUGGUGAAAGCCAGGGAGAAGUACGAAGAGCUCUGCGUCCCCAUGGUCAUCAUCCCCGCCACCGUGUCCAACAAUGUGCCAGGGUCAGACUUCAGCAUCGGCGCUGACACCGCCCUGAACACCAUUACUGCUACCUGCGACCGGAUCAAGCAGUCAGCUGCUGGCACCAAGCGCCGUGUGUUCAUCAUCGAGACCAUGGGUGGGUACUGCGGUUACCUGGCAACCAUGGCUGCCCUGUCCUCAGGGGCCGAUGCCGCCUACAUCUAUGAAGACCCCUUCACCAUUCAUGACCUGGAGAUGAACGUGGUGCACUUGGUGGAGAAGAUGAAGACCACAGUGAAGAGAGGCUUGAUUCUCAGGAAUGAGAAAUGCAAUCCCAACUACACUACCGACUUCAUCUACAACCUCUACUCUGAGGAGGGGAAGGGCGUCUUUGAUUGCCGCAAGAACGUUUUGGGACACAUGCAGCAGGGUGGAACCCCAACUCCUUUCGAUAGGAAUUUUGGCACGAAAAUGGGAGCCAAAUCUGUCCUCUGGCUCACUGAUAAACUGAAGGAGUGCUACAGACAUGGACGCAUUUUCGCCAACACGCCGGACUCGGCGUGCGUUCUGGGCAUGAAGAAGAGAUCGCUGAUGUUCCAGCCCCUCGAGGAGCUGAAGAAAAUGACCGACUUUGAGCACCGCAUCCCCACGGUCCAGUGGUGGCUGAGGCUCAGGCCCAUCCUGAAGAUCCUGGCCAAGUAUAAGAUCCCCCUGGACACAUCUGAGAAGGCCGCCAUGGAGCACAUCAUCAAGAAGAGAGGCUUAGUUUAAGGGCGUUGGAGUGGGAGAGGAGACACACACACACCCUCUCUCUCACACACACAUACACACGCUAUUGUUUUCACUGCAGCGUCUCAGCUAUCCAUCAGUCUCACCACCUCCCUCCUUUUCAUUUGGAUGCAGCAGAAAAUAGCAGAUGUGGGCAGAAUGCUUUCACUGCGGGAUUCUGAUGAGGUUAUGGUCUCUAUUCUCACACUUGUGCAUUAAAAACAGUGCCUUAAA